AGACACGGAUUCCACAGACAAGAAAAGACAGCCAGCCACCUGCAGGACGCUUGCCAGCAGCCAGCAAGUGUAUCUCAAGGAUUCAAGGACGGUAACCUGAGCGGAAGUGCGCAAAAAUAGAAAUUCGCAGCGUGCGAGCUGCUCAAAAAAAUCAUUAUAAAAGAAACCAACAACAACAGCAACAACGAGUGGCGCAAGGUGCCACGCCCACGUGUCAACACUUGAGUUACAACGAUGAAUUACUACGAUGAGGAGAUCCAAAUCAGUGGACCACCGGAUGGCAAACAUCAUCUGAGCAGCGUUCAAAUGGAGCGAUUGUCCAGCCGAGGUGAGGCCCGUGCCAAUAGCCGGACACCGGGCGGACGGGAGCGGGCAGCAGCCAGGCAACGUAAUAUGCAACUUCAGGGCAGCUCCGCCGAUGAUGAUGGUCUGCUGCAGGACAUCAUAGACCAUGAUGAUGAGGCCGAUGACAGCGACGACGAUGAUGAUGAUAGUGAGCUGCAGCUGGGUGGUGCCACUGGCUCCGCCGCUGGUGUUUCUGCGACGGUGCCACGACCACAAACGCGCCCGGGUAGCACACGGAAUGCGACGGGUCCAACAGUGAGGCCUCACGAUGAUGACCAACUGAGCUUUGGCAGUUCUGAUGAGGCAGCCGGCGAGCAGAUGCCAAGCGGCAAGUUGGCGCAUCAAAAGUUGCCGCUGCCAACGCAGCAGCGAGGCAGCGCUGGCCGGGCACAGGAGACGUCCUCGUUCAAUCUGACGCCAGAUAAAUGGGAACAGCUGCCGUUGCAGGCGGAACUCAAGGAGAUCUUUCCCUACAUACUCAAGUAUACGCCACAGGGCAUAGAAACACCAUAUCAUCUGCAACCGUUCAUACCCGAAUAUGUGCCAGCCGUUGGCGAUGUGGAUGCCAUGCUGAAAGUGCAGCCGCCAGCGCUGUUGCAACCACAGCGACAGCGGGAGCUGGACGAACAGCUGCAGCGUUUGGGCUUAAUGCUUCUGGAUGAGCCGUCGGGUGCACAAAGCGAACCCAGUCUACUGAAUAUGAAACUGCGCUCCGUGCUCAGCGGCAAUCGGGGUGGGAAUCCCCGGAAUGCCUCCUACUCGGCAACGCUGGUGCCCACCGCAAAGUCAGCUAAGGACAUUGAGAAGUGGAUUGGUGAGGUGGAACAGGUGCAUAUGACGCAAUCCAUGUUCGAUUCGCAGCCACGCAAAGAUAUCGAUGCCCUGGUGGAGGAUUGGCCACGUUCGUUUGCAAUGGCCACAACAAAGAAUGCCCUGGAUGAGGCCUAUCGCUCCUGCCUCCAGCAGCAAAUCUCACUGGCCGAUUAUGUGCGCGUGCUUUGCGAACACUUUGGAGUCGAUGGCCCGAUGGAGACACAAUCGGAUUACAUCCAUAGCAUACAGACGCUGUUUGCUCUCUACCUGGCCGCAAGUCAGGCCUGGGAAUAGGCGAAGCAUGAGCAAGUGCAGAUUAGAGAUGAGAGCGCCUACUUGCAAUUUAUUAUUAUUUCUUUCGUAUUAUUUUACAGAUUUAUUUAUUUAUCAAAUAAAAAUCGCUUUGAAUGUACAAGUAUUAAAAUUAUUAAAUUAAUAAAUGAGAAGAUUUAAUUG